GCAACUAGGUGUCAUUACUGGAGUCAUCGUUUGUGAAGUCUUCGUCCUGGAGCUAGUCUUCGUUGGUGUGGUGUCAUCGUCGAUUUUGGUAUUGUUAUUGAAGUCAUCGUUUGUAGAGUCUUCGUUGCUUCGUUGGUGUUGUGCCGUCAUUGAUUUCGGUAGAUUUUGUGGUGCAUCGUUAUGUUGUGCCGUCGUUGAUUUCAGAGUUGUUGUCCUUAAAGUUAAGGUUACUGUCACUUCAUCUAUGUGUGGAUUUUGUGGUGUCUCUUUACAUGAUGAUUUUGAUGGUUAG